CUACACUACAGCGGGAAAUGCGGGCGAUGCGCAACGACCAGAUUAAAGUGGGAAUUUCUGGCAGCAAUCUGACACUAUUUUUCUUGGAAUACCGUCGUACUCGAGGGAGUUAUCCUUAUAAAAAAAUGAUUUCCUAUAUAGCAAUUUAAGAGUGUGGUCAUGGAAACACCGGGAGUAUUUUACUUUUCCUUGUCAUUACGUAUGUGAUUUAUAAUAAACUGAUGUUUCCACGAAAUGUUCAGCGGUUAGAUGAAACAUUACUUUGAUCAAACAACGAAAUUUGCUUUGCCCUGUGUAUCUCUGCUUGACAUGCACGAGGAGAAUGGGGAGGGACAGAUGCGUCUAUCCAGAAUGAAUGUAAUCCCAACAACUUUUGCCGCACCGAAUUCAUCAGAGGAUACUAAUAGCACGAGUGGUCUGAGACCUCCACCUCACUCACAGAGCGCAGCAGUCCUCAUCGUGCUCGUGGUGACUGUUAUCAUUCUGGUAACAAUCGUGGGGAAUGUUCUGGUGGUGGUUGCAGUUUUCACCAGUCGUGCGCUUCGUGCGCCGCAGAAUCUCUUCCUAGUCUCCUUGGCAUCGGCAGAUAUUUUAGUGGCCACCUUGGUUAUACCUUUUUCUCUCGCAAACGAGAUAAUGGGUUAUUGGUACUUUGGGAGCACCUGGUGCGCCUUCUACCUGGCCCUUGACGUACUUUUCUGCACAUCCUCCAUUGUGCACCUGUGUGCCAUAAGCCUGGACAGGUACUGGUCAGUAACCAAAGCUGUUAGGUAUAACCUGAAGAGGACGCCCAAGCGUAUUAAGUGCAUGAUCGCCGUGGUCUGGGUCAUAUCGGCGGUCAUCUCUUUCCCGCCGUUGAUCAUGACCAAGCACAACGAGCACGAGUGCUUGCUCAACAACGAAACAUGGUAUAUUCUGUCUUCUUGCCUGGUCUCAUUUUUCGCCCCGGGACUAAUUAUGAUUCUGGUGUAUUGUAAAAUAUAUAGAGUGGCCAAGCAGCGCGCCUCAACUGUGUUCGCAGCCAAGAACGGGGUGGAGGGACAGCCUUCGCAGUCGGAGACAUGCUUCGUUCCCAAGGGGAAAUCUGAGGUGGAGAGCGUCAGCAGCCACAAUACAGGAGGCCAGCUUCGGAAAGGAGAGCUGGACGACAUAGAUCUGGAAGAGACAUGCGUCCCCAACUGCAAAACCAACUGCCACUUCUCUAGGGGAAGGAAAGUGGAUGGUGCUAAAGCCUUCCCAAAACAGAGUUGCCGCGCGUCAUGGGCUUCAAACCGGAACGCGCAGCUCUCUCAGGAGCAAAGAAUAAGACAGAUGUCACUGUCAAAGAUCAAACUGGCGCAGAUGCGCGAAAAACGCUUUACAUUUGUACUUGCAGUGGUGAUGGGGGUGUUUGUACUCUGUUGGUUCCCAUUCUUUUUUACAUACAGUAUGCACGCACUAUGCAGAGAUAGUUGUCCGAUUCCGGAUGCUCUCUUUAAUCUGUUUUUCUGGAUUGGUUACUGUAACAGUUCAGUGAACCCUAUUAUUUAUACAAUAUUUAAUCGCGAUUUUCGCAGUUCGUUUAAGAAAAUAAUAUGCCGGAAUUCACGCACAUAAUGUAUUGACCGCCCCGCCUCCCUCCAUCAACCCCUCUCUCUUUUUUCCUGUUUGUAAGCGUAUGAGUGAAAGAAGGUGAGAGAGGAAGGUGCGUGUGUACGUUAUCUUAUGUGGUUUAUAAGUGUAUUGAGCCUAUUACGGAACACGUGUUUGUUUAAUACUGUGAUAAGAAAACUUUAAAUAUCCUACUUUUUAUGUCUUGUAAAACGGACUUCAAACGUGUUUUUAGAUUAUGUUUCUGUGUCCUUGAAUGUAUCCGAUUUCAAUUUAUUAUCGGGAUAAUAUAUAGGCCUAACUAAAAACACAGAUCGGAAUAAGAAUCUUGUUUGCAUAUCAGAGAAGCAUUGAGUCAAUCUAAACUGUUAUGCUUCGUGGUGUUGUUAAUCACAUUUUGCAAUUUGCUGUUAAUACAUUGAAGGGCUUUGAUGAGGCAAUUAAUCCCUUCUUAUUAUCGCAGGUUUGCGGGAUUUCUCCUGAGACGCAGGCCUAUAAGGAGGGAUCCUUUAAAAUAUGAUUUCCUUUUGAUCCCAAACACAGAGAGAAUAUUGACCACAUGUAUUCUAUAAUUUAGAGAAUCCAAAAAUUAUGGCGUGAGUGUUUUAAUCUAUUUAACACAAACGUUUAACAUAUUGUAAUGUUUUAUUUAACUUUGUUUAACCAGGUAUUUAUCGAUUUAGAACAGAUUGUAAAUCCCUGUGACGACCUGGCCAAAAGCAUUCAAUUGGGGACAAGAAAUUGCACAGAAUAGAAAUGCAGUAAAAGAAAUACAGAUGAACACUAUAUACACAAAACAUACAAAUUAUGUUUGAAGGGGUCAGCUGAUACGAAAGUGUCAAGAGGCAAUUUAUUCCAGUGAUUGGCGGCAGCGAAAUGAAUCGAGUGUCGCCUAAAGGACUUACAGGCUUUAGGAGUGAUCAUGCUCUACCAGAGCGCAAUUUGUUAUAGAGUAGACAUUAAGGAGUGAACUAAAGUAGAAGGACCAUUUACCUGAAAGCGUCUUGUGGACAGCACAGUAUUAAAUACAUGGUAAUGCUAAUUUAACAUUUCAUUGAAACAAACAGGUUUGUUGUCACAAAAUUUUGGUAUUCAGAAAAUUACUUUGCAGUAGCCGACAAUCAUGACAUGGCACAGGAGUCCCAAGGGAAAUUAGUCACUGUCCUUGGUGCUGAUUUUCCUCUUCGUUUGAUGAUGUAGAACACCUUAUUCAAACUGCCACUGUCUUUGAACCUAACAUAAUCCCAGUUGGUGCGCAAUAUCCUUCUGAAAGUAAAACAAAUAUUAAUUCCCUAUCGCAAAAUUAUGAUUAAUAAUUAUUAAUGAAAAUAUAUAGGCUACUCUCUGCAGAAUUAGGAUAGGGAGUUCUCUAUCAGAUAUUAGUCAAAUGUAGUUGGCACUCCUAAAUAACAUAUCCCCUGUAGAGGCUUUAGAAAAAAAUUGCUUAUAAACUAGAUGUAUGUA